UGCUGGAGGAGGAGGAGCUCUUCCCUCUGUUCUCUUGGAAGCGCCGGCGUCCAGAAGUGACUGCAGGGACUCGGGACAGGAAGUAGCGCCAGACACCUGGCCUGGGCAGGGAAGGCGCUCCCACCCCUGCCGGCAGCGGGAGGUGGGGCAGGGACGGGGGAGGGGACACCAAGCAGGUGCGCGGCGGGAGUCAGGCUCGCCCCAACUUCGGAUCCGGCCCUGGGGCGCUGUUCGGCCCCUGCGUGGACUUCGGCUCCGGAGACUCGACACCGAGACACCGAGCGGCCGAAUGCGCUCCCUUCCAGCUCCGAACGCGCCCCGGGACCCCGCGCGCCAGAGCGCCGUGGAGCGGCUGGCGGCCGACCGCGCUCGCUUCUCUCGCGGCCCCGGGGGCGGCAGGGGCCCCACCUCCGAGGACUGCGGCUCGGCGGACAGCAAGGACCUCGCUUCGAAGCCCCGCGGCCCGGGCGCACCCGGCGGCGGGCAGCAGCCCAUCGCUCCUGGCCCCGCGCUGCGCGUCCCCGCCCCAGUGUCCCGCCGGGCGGCCCCGCGCCGGCCGCUGAGGCCCGACUCGCUGGUCAUCUACAGGCAGAAGUGCGACUUUGUCCGCUGCCCGGGCUCCGAGGGCCCCCGGGCCAGCCUGGUGAAGAAGCUCUUCCCGGGCCCCGGCAAGGACAGGACGCCCGACCCCCCCGCGACGCCGCAGCUGGGGGUCCCCGCGCGGACCAAGCCCAGCUCCGCGACUUCUGAGAACCCAGGGAACCCCAGGACCCCGGGGGCCCAGCCUGCGCCCCCCGGACGCCCCGCGGUCCCCGGGACCCUCGGAAGCUUCGCGGCCCCGGGGAACCGAGCUGGGACCUCACCCCCGCAGGCGGCGCCGCGCGCGGAGCUGCGGCGCUCACACUCGGACCUCAGCCGGCGCAGCUGCGACCCCGGGGCCGAGCGCGACGCCUUCUUCCAGUUCUGCGGCCUGGACCCGGAGGUGGUGGAGGCACUGGGCAGGGACAACUUCUCCGCGGGCUCCGACCGCGCGGCCCUCAAGGUGCGCAGCGCGAGCGUGGCCACCUCGGACGGCGGCUUCUCGCGGCACAACGGCGGGGAAGACGACGACGGGCUGCAGGAGGAGGCGCUCACGGAGCAGGUUCCCAGCACCACCUCGAUCGUGGAGAGGAACGCGCGCAUCAUCAAAUGGCUGUACACCUGCAGGAAGGCCAAGGAGACCCCCGGCCAGGGGCUGCAGGGACCCGCGUGACCGCCCUCGCUGGGGACCAGGAUCAAGAAAGCAAACGCCCCAACAACCAGGGGACCCUGAUGCCACGGGAGACAGGGGACCCCAGGGCUGUUUGUGCAGUGAACCCCAGCGACACAGGACUGCUGCUUUUCCAGUAAUGAAGUACCCUACUGCCAAUGCUUUCGUGACCCGAGAAGGUCUGAAGUGCUGUGGACAAGGGGGGAAGGCAGACCUUGCACGCUGGCUGAGUUAGAACUGGUAACUGCACAAAUGCUGAGACGUUCUCAGUGCCAAUGUCCUGCUCACACAGGGCAGCUGGAGAAGGGAGUGUUGCUGAGAAAUAUUUUCUGGGUCAUCUUUUUGAUUGAUUUGCUGACUGAAAGAUUCUGUGAUGCAUUUUGACAAUCCCUGAAUUGAUUUUUAAAGAGGAGAAAAGCAUGAAAAUCAAGCCUGAGUGCCGUGGUAUUUGGUCCUUCCAGGUAAUCUGCACCAUAUAGCUCAAGGUUCUGUAAUCACAAGCCAUUCUACUUGCAAACUGCAGCUAAUGAAGAGUGUACACACACACACACACACACACACACACACACACACACACAUCCCACAUACACAGAAAACAAUUUCCAGGGCAUCUUUGCAAACCACAGUUUUUUCCCAAACAGUGCAACCCAUUAUCUUAUUUAAUGAGUCAGGAAGCACAUUUAAAAUCAAGUGAGGGCUGCGAGGUUGUUCUAUGAAUGCCAUCCAGGAAAACAUGAGUGAGAGCUGAUCUGCCAAGCGCAGCCCUUCAUUGGACUGGGGCAAUUUCUUGAGAAGUGAAGAACCUUGAGGUUCUUUGGUCAGGUCCUUUGCAGACUUCCCAGGCAAGUGGCCUCCACAGUGCAUUUUCACAGCUUCCAAAGAGGACAGAGACCUGGUUCACACCGGGCAGUGCCUGAGGCGGAAGCACUUCCCUGCCCUGGAGUCCAGUCCCACCCACACCCCAGAAAUUCACACAGAUUUGCACCCAUUCCCUCUUCCCUGCCAAGGGUGUGUUUUGCAGCCAGGGGCAGUGCCCAGUGCUGGAAGACUGGAAUACUAGUGUGGUAGCAACUGCUGGGACCCCAACUCUGAACUUGUUCAUGCCUCCUGGGAUGAACGGAUUUCAGAUUCAGAACCUUAGGAGAGAAUAUGCACCCAAGAUAACAUGAAAAAUUUGUCAUUGUACCAACUCUUUCAAAGCUUACUCUGUUUAAUCAAGAUAAUCUUUUCUAGCACACAAUUAUUUGAGAGAAGAAUAUGAGAAGUGAGUUUCUCAGUGGUAGCAUAUUUUAUAAACUACUCCAUUUAAUAUAUUCAUGUGUUUGUUUAAAAGUAUGCCCUGUGUAACUUUUGUAGUGAGAAUAGGUCUUUGAGAUAUGUAAAUAUUUAUCUUCACAGUUACUAGUCCUCAGAGAGUUUUCCUUUGCGUCACAUGACUUUGGCUUAUCAGUUCAGUUUUCAAUCUUUUUCUCCUUUGUCUUCCUUUUGUGUACAUUGUUUACUUGAACUUUCAUCCUUUGGCUGAAAGUGGAGUGCCUGGCUCCCUCCCAAGUGCUUUGUAUGGCGGUGAUUUGUUUUCCACUAAAUCCAGAAGAGGGUCCAGGGCUGUGUGGCUGUCAAAUGUUUGAACAACAGGUGACCUGACUGAGGAAGUUCCCCCUACAGUUGCUCUGCAAGUGUUGCUAUUUUGCUGUUCACUGUAUCACACUUAGUUUAAAAAGAUAUCAACAAUGAGCAUAGUUUCCAAAGGCUCAUACACCCAAUUCCUUCUUUUCAGAUUUUCCACUAAUCUUACAUGUGAAUGUGUAAGCAAAAUCCUUCCUUCCUUUCCAUCCUUAGGACAGGGUGGACUGCAGCCUGGGUCAGAUUCAUUACUCAUGUAAUAGAUAGAAAAUAUAAUUAGCAAACUGGUUUCAGUUGGCAUCACCAGAUCUUUCAGAAUCAUUUGCCCUCAAUGGUGGCCUGGGGAAGGAGUCAUGUUUAUUUGGAAUGAAUUCUGGAAGUAGAUGUCAGAGAUGGGACAUGGGGACAAGCUACUGGGGUGGUGUCUGAGCAGAGGCAGCAAGUAACCUCCUUCCCUUCAGAUUCCUGCCUCAACCCUGUGACUCCAGUAUGCGGUUAGGAGUGAGAUGUCUUCCCAACCCCGAAUUAUCUCAGUUUUCUGAGUGACUUAAAGAAAAAACCAAAUGUGACUUCAUCUCUAUGAAAAGCUUACUUUCCUCAAGAAUGAGUAAUCAUUAACUGCUGCAAAAUGCUUCCAUUUGUUCUUGGAAGAGUAGCGUAUAAAAAUAUGAUUAAAUACAAUGGAAAGAAAACAAAUGAUUGUAAAGCAAGAAAAGUAGCUAGACAGUGGUCCUUCUUGCUUGUUUGCGGCUUCAAUCAGCAGUGCCCCAGACUGAAAGGAAUGCAUGCCUGAAGACUUGAGGCUGUGAAUGAGAAUUGGCACACAUGGUACUGAGCCGUCGGGCUCUUGGAGCUGGAGUAAGGGGGAGGCUUCCAUGGACUCUGCCCUUUGCAGUGGUCCAGAGUCCAUUGCUGUUAUGGCUGGUGGUGCCAUAAAGCACCAGAACAGACAGUCAUUAGGGCGGUUUCUAAGUAAGGAUUUUUCUGCAUGCUACUUGCAACUGGUGUGCAAUAUUUUUAUACACUGUAUUAAAGAAAUAAAGUACUUAUGUCAUUUGA